UCGGGCUAAUAUAACGGUACGUUCUAAGUAAAGAUAGGAGUGUAGAUAAGUUAAUAAGAUUAUUAUUAUACUUCAUGGCAGGGUCGUGGACCUGUUAGGGACGGAAUGUUUCUGAAACAGUAUAAAAAAGGAGUGCUCCCCAGGGAGCAGUCACUCUGCUUUUGGGUCGGGUACGCGCGGGUUCCUUGGUUUUUUUAACUCAUCGAGUGAUUUUUUAAUUAGUGCCAUGUAUCAUCACAAAAAUCAAAUGAUCUGUGUAUUGUUAAGUCUGGUGUUAAUAGCGUCUUCAGAAGGCUUCUUCUUAAAGUGGGGCUCCGAUGCAGGGAGCCAGCAGUCCCAAAAAUGGAUACAACCGAUAUCGCCGAACAUGUCUCCCGCGUACAGAUACCAGUACAUAUAUCCCUACGAGUCUCGUAAAGUGUACCAAGCGCCUCAACAGCAGUACCAACAGCAGUACAUGCAGCCAGAUGUUCAGCUGCAGCAAACGAUAGCCCCGAUACCUAUAAGCGUGCCGGCUGGAGCGAGCCUCACGCCUGUAUCGUUGCAGCACGUACAAUUAGUGCCCUGCAUGUGCCCAGUCGCACCUGAAGAGGCUGAAAAACUGCAGGAGCAAGUGGGCCCGGGGCCGUACGUAGCACAGACAUACACGCAAAACUAUGCGGUACCGCAGCAGGUCGCAGUGGCUGAUAAUUCGAAGUCUACGACGAAACAAUAAAUUAUUAUUUGUAACGCAUCGCUUGUAAAUUGGUUUUACAUGUUGUAUUUGGUGAACUGUUUCAACAAUUGUACAUCAAACGUUUAGUACGAAAAAUGUUGCACCGAUAUUCGUUUUCAAUUUAUAUAACGUGCUUUGUCAGCGCGGACGGUGGGAAUAAGAAUAAUAGUUUUAACAGUUUUAAAUUACCCUUGACUAAUUUGCAGCGAAUGUGUUAAACCUUCCAAUGAUUUUUGUUCAAUAAUUUAUUUCUCUAUUUAUAAAUUUAUAUAAGACUGAUAGGUUAGGGAUGAUUUUGUAUUGUCAAUAAAUAAGUAAAC